AUGGAAGUUGAGAAUGUGAAGAAAGUUGAAGAGAAGAAAGAAGGUGAAGAAGAGGAUGCCACCACGAAUUACGUGGUUGCCCCCUUCGACAAGGCGCCCACGCUGACUCGGCCUCUUGAGGAGAUCUUGAGGGAUCUUAACAAGAGAGUCCCCGACAGCCUCAUCAAGAACAAUUCCAUCUCGUGGUACCACGCCAAUAGAAUGCUGAGCUUCUAUGCCCCAGGCUGGUGUGGAGAAAUUCGUGAUGUCAUUUAUUCGGAUAAUGGAAGUGUGACAGUGGUGUAUCGUGUUACAGUAAGAGGAACAGAUGGCGAGGUCCACCGAGAAUCUACAGGGACGGUGUUUUUGAACAACGGUAAAUAUCAGGACCCUGUUGCAGCAGCUGAAGAAGUAGCCUUCCGCAGAGCCUGUGCUCGGUUUGGUCUCGGCUUGCAUCUGUAUCACGAAGAUUAACGAGUUCCUCUCUACUUAUCUCACCAACAGGCACAUGGAAACCCCUGAAGAUGCUUCUCCUUUGAAUCCAGUUCUCUCCAUUGUUCAGCUUUGAAUGAGACUUAUGCAGAUCAUUAGAUGUAAAUAUUUUAUCGGAAUACAAGCAAGGAUGUGUAUCUUCGCUCAUAUGUUGCUCUGCACUUGAGUGUGGUAUACCUUUCAUUUUCCUUUUAACAAAUGAUGAUAAAGGUUGCUUGGUUUUUAGGUAACAAGUCUAUUUAUCCGUGGAAACUUGUUGAGAAAAACUUUUUUUUUUUUGGUUCCCUUGGAAAUAAGAGAAACUUACUGAGAAAAACCUUUUUUUUUGGUUCC